AUGCUGAAGUGGCUAGCAGGCCUGUUCCUCCUCUUGAUGACCCUAAAGCCAGCCGCGACAGUAAGCUUCCGCUUCCCGCAAGGCACGGACCAGGAAGCCGUGCACGAAAUGCAACAAGCCUUCGCCGACGCAAUGACCAUGGCCAGAUUCGUCGCCAUCACGACCAUUCCCUGCGAAGAGAACUUCCUCCGUUAUUUUACACCCGCGGACUUCCUAUUCGUCCAGCGCGUUUUUCGUACCAUUGCCAACAUCCCAUUCAAUCAGCAAUUCGAACCCCGGACCGUGGGACAGUAUCUGCAAAUGCUGGACGCGUACGGCUGGCUGAACCCGAAGUUCGAGCAAUUGUCCAUCGCCGUGGGCGAUAAUCCGGAUGCAGGACCGCCGAGCUAUAGCAGGUACAAGAAGUGCAGCGACGGCGGCUUGGCGGGGGUCAUGCUGUAUGAUCCCCGGAGAUAUGGGCGUCGGGGGUUGAUGUCGUUGUGUCCGCAGACGUUUGAGACGUUUUACUCUCUCAGAGAUAUCGAGCAGCCCCCUGCAUGGGCGUUGGAUGAGAACGGCAAUCCCGAGGAAGGCUUUAGCUGCUCGAACAUGCUCGAUAGGGAUACCGACUAUAUGCUCAGUCCCGGGGCGAUUCUUCUACACGAGCUGAUUCAUUGGCCUUACCUCCUGCAGGAUAUCCCCGGGUACUCGACCUUGAUCCGACAGUAUCCACGCAACGACUGGUCCACAAUCUGGGAUUUCACGGGACCGAGCCCCACGGACGGAUACGGUCCCUUUAACGCCAUGGCCGUGAGGAACUUACCCGUCUCCCCGGCCACCGGGACAUCUCAGGCAAUCCAGAAUGCCGACAAUUUCGUCUGGUAUGCCGUGAGCAAGUACUGGAGCUGGCGGUGCGGGAGGCAGUUUAAGCGUUCCGCCUCUCCAGAAGAUGGAGAGCUGCGUGGCUUUCUGGCCCGGGAUAAUGACGUGGAUGGUGUGCUUCCAUGA